GAUGUUAGUGUUGUUUAGUUUUAAACAAUCUUGAAAUGAAAUUAAUUUUGGUCCUUUUAGGUGAGCAAAGGGCACACUGAAGAGACUAUGAACUUCAAGCUUGCUGAAGGAGUCACAUUCUCUGAGACUUUUGAAGGAAUACAUCUGAAAUGGAUUUUUAGUUGCAAGGCUAAUUCAUCGGCUGAUGAUCAAAGUGAUCCUGUUCUUGUACACGACAAACGAUCAGGUCGAUCACGUAGUCAUCAUCAAGAAAAUUCCUGCUUCUCAUUGAUAUUUGACAGAGAACAUAAGAAAAAGGUUUGUACUGAUUACUUGCCAUAUGUUGUGGAGGCAUCAAAAGAAGUUGUUCGCGAGGAGAAACACUUGAAACUAUUUGAUGGUAAUUCAGAAUAUUAUGGUAUGCCUGGUGGCUCAAGUAGCAAGCAAUCAGUCAAUAUGGUUCAUCCCUUUAAGUUUGAGAAUUUGGCUAUGGAUCUCGAGUUGAAGAAGGCGAUAAUGGAUGAUUUAGACAGAUUUGUGAGGAGAAAGGAGUUUUAUAAGAGGGUAGGGAAGCCCUGGAAACGAGGCUACUUACUGUAUGGUCCUCCGGGUACUGGCAAGUCGAGUCUGAUAGCUGCUAUGGCUAACUAUCUCAAAUUUGUCAUCUAUGAUUUGCAACUGAGACGGAUGCAGGACUCUAGCUUGAGACAGCUGUUGCGUGUUAUACCAAGUAAAACUAUUAUCGUUAUUGAGGAUAUCGAUUGCACUGGAGAGCUUCCAAGACGAGAAUUAUACCACACUAUGUAUCAAGGAUAUGAGGACUCUCUGAAGAAGGCCAUAAAGAAGCCUGAGAUGUCGCUGGCUGCAUUGCUGAACUUUGCUGAUGGAUUGUGGUCUUGUUGCGGAGAUGAGAGGUUGAUCAUAUUCACCACAAAUCACAAGGAAAGGCUUGAACCAGCUUUAUUACAGCCUGGUCGUAUGGAUAUGCACAUUCACAUGUCCUAUCUUACUAUGGAGGGCUUCAAAGUCUUAGCCUAUAAUUAUCUCCUAGUUACUGGCAACCAUCCGCUGUUUGGAGAGAUCAAAGGACUAUUGGAAGUUGUAAAUGCAACUCCUGCUGAAGUUGCCGAGGAACUUAUGAGAAGUGAGGAUGUUGAUGCCUCUCUUCAAGGGGUCGUCGAGCUGCUAAAGAGGAAGAAAAUCGAAGCAGAGGAUGCUGCAAGUUUGAGACCUCAGGCUGAAACAGAGGAAAUCACAGAGAAAAUGGAAAAUGGGAAUGUCUUGCCUACAAAUUAAUCAUUGUAGAAUGUGGAGUUGUUAAAAUGUGGACUUCUUAUAAUUCUACGUAUUUUCAGUAGUUUUCCUUACCAACUAAUGCAAAAUUCUCUAGUGAGCUUUCUUGCUCUCUUGGGGACCAAGAUCUCAAAAUUUGAUAAUCGUGUUAGAAGCAUAUUUUGUGCAUCUAUUGUCUAUGUCUUUGACAACAAUCAACGCAAAAAUUUCAAACAAACUAUUAAUUAUUUCUACUUUUAAAUGAUACUCGUAUGCAGCAAGUCCUAAAACUAUGUAUGGUUGAGCUAUUUAGAAAACGUUGACACAUUAAUUAGACGAGUUUGCUUUUAGGCUCAAGGCCUUGUAUAAUUAUAUAAGAACCUUCUCCCCUUGCUCAUCUAAUCCAUGAUCCCAACCUUUCUCGAACUCUCCAAACCACAUUCUCACUACUGUCAAAAGCAUCAUACCAGUAAAACUCUUCUAUGUUUGUUUAGAAAUCAAAUACCUCUUAUAAUAACAUAAUAUUAGACUAGUGAUUAUUUGACUAGCAUAAUAUCCUAAGUAUGAUACAAAGUACGUAGUACUUAAUCUAAAUGUAUGAAUCUCUAAUUUUAUUGAAAUAUUAUAAAUUAUUUUCUAACAUUAUAUAAUUAUUUCUGCAUUAUAAAUUAUUUUCUAAUUUUAUUUAUUUAUUUUAUAGUGGAACACACUGAAUAAUCAAACAUCUAACUUUGGGCUUUUUUUUUUUUUUUUUUUUUUUUUUU